AUGCCGCGGUCAGUUGCCACGUCAGCUCCGCGCUUUCCCGCAUUUCUCUCCCGCCCUCCCCUCCCGCUCAUCAUCGGCGCGCUUUUCGCGCUGCUGCUCCUAGGGUUGUUCCUCUCUUCGCCGCCCACGCCGUCGCUACCGACAAGCGUUCCCGCCCAUGACAGGCUGGCGAACUUCCACCCUGUCAGCGAGGUGCGGUGGGCCAUCAUCGGGUGUGGCGAUGUGACAGAGAAGAAGUCCGGCCCGGCGCUCGCCCUCAUCCCGUCGUCUCGCCUCGUGGCUGUCAUGCGCCGCAACGCCACCCUGGCUCAGGACUACGCGCAGCGCCACCACGUGCCCAGGUGGUCAACGAACGCAGAGGAGACAAUCAACGACGCCGAUGUGAACGCUGUGUACAUCGCCACUCCCCACCGAUACCACAAGCAAUAUGCCAUCAUGGCAGCGCGGGCAGGGAAGCCAGCCUACGUGGAGAAGCCAAUGGGAAUGAGCCACGUGGACAGCUCUGACAUCCUCGCUGCCUUCCAGCGCGCCAAGCUGCCUCUCUUUGUCGCCUACUACCGCCGCACCCUGCCCAACUUCCUCAGGAUCAAGGCCCUAUUGGAAUCUGGGGCCAUAGGGGACGUCCUGUCCGUGCAGGUGGUAUACCACCGGCCACCCAACAAGUACGACUACCAGUGGGCGCUCAGCGGAGUCCCGAGUCAGAAGGAGCUGCAGACGAUGCUGCAGCAACAGCAGCAGGAGGGAAGGGGAGGGAACGAGGAGGGGAGCGGAGCAAGGGAGCAACAGCAGAGGCGGUACCCGUACCGCCCGUUACCCCAGCACCACCCACCAGGGGCGUCUCUGCACAACGCCACUCUCAAGUGGCGUGUGGACCCCCUGGUGGGCGGGCUUGGUGGGUACUUUCGGGACAAGGGCAGCCACCAGCUGGACCUGCUCGACUUCUGGUUCGGCCCUGUGGUGAGUGCGUGUGAGGAGGGGGAGUUGGGUGAGUGCGCCUUUGAGUCGACUCAAAACCCACCAGGGGCGUCUCUGCACAACGCGACUCUCAAGUGGCAUGUGGACCCCCUUGUGAGUGGCCUGGGUGGGUACUUCUGGGACAAGGGCAGCCACCAGUUGGACCUGCUCGACUUCUGGUUCGGCCCCGUGGUGAGUGCAGGUGGGAGGAUUGAGCGGGUGUGCACCCAUAGCGAGUGUGCGGGUCUAGCCUCGCUAUAA